AUGAUUGUGACUUCUCUGUCUGAUGCUCAGCUUCGCUCUCACCUCCAGAGAUUUAUGACAGAGGUGCCCCCUGUCACAGAUAAAAUAGACAAUUUGGAGAGGCCUGAAGGGGAUCAGCCUGAAAUUGAAGCUGACCUUUCUCCUGCCCUUAAUACAUCACAGACUUCGAUAGACGGUGUAAGUAAAUCAAAAUUGGCUCCUAGUUACAACACCUUGAGCAAUCAGUUGGAAGCUUCGUAUUCUCCUUUCAAGAAAGAUAGUUUCGAAGAUAAUGACCUAUCGCUUCGCGGAAAUGUUGAAUAUGACUCUGAGGGUUAUCGCAUCCGUCGAAUUCCUGCCACAAAGCUCCCUACUUACCCUGGAGGGGUUCCCAUCUUUAGGCGACAGUCUCUUCUUCAUAGCGUUGAUCCUUAUGGCGAAUUCGUAAUUCGUUCUCCUGCACUGCAGGCUAAAUAUGAUGCGUCGGUGAUAUUUGAUCGCGUCUUUUCCCGAUCUGGAUUAGAUUUCUUGCGGCAUUGA